AACAGCUAUACUUGCCUAGGCAUGUCACGACGCAGCUACGAUUCACAGCAUUAUAGCCAAGCGCAUAGCGAACAAAUGCCAGCCACCACGGAGAGUCAAGCGUUGCGGGAAGCGCAAAAUAAGCUUAAGCUACUUGAGUCGGACUAUAAAGUGCUACAUGAUAAGCGUUUAAGCGAUUUGAAAACGCUACAAAGUGCCCAUGAACGUGAGUUGGCCUCGUGUCAUGAAACGGUGCGUGUCUUGCAGCAGCGCCUAAAUGAACGCGACGAAGCGUUUGCCACACAAAAGCGCCGCAAAUUACCAGUCGACUACUAUGCGUUGAAAGCUAAGGUCUCUUCGUUAGAGCGACGCCAUUCAGAGCGCGAGGAACGUUUGCGGAUGCUGGUAGAUGCGCUGAGCAAAGGACGUCUAACUGGCGCCAUUGAAGAUCUGCUUGGUGACAACAAUAAUCAACGUAGUACCUAAAAGUGCGCUUGAAUGAAAAUCACGGUACAAAAGAAGAAAUCAAAAUGUAAUCAUCAAUUAGCCUGGUUGUGGCUUCGAGCUGAUCUCCCAACAAAAGCACCCUUUAUAUGUAUGUAUGAUGAUAACAUUGCUAGCAUAGCAAGUAGCUAAUAAAGUGAAAGCACAAACGCGCAGUAUUAAAUACCAGUGCCCGCCCAUAUACAGAGUUGCCCCCACACAACGCCCAUUUCCAAAGUACAACUUUUAGUUUUAGUUGUAAUAUUUUAAAAACUAAUUUAAGUCUUUGACUGGUUUUAUGCCCCGUGGCGCUUUUUUAAAAUUAAACCUGUUUUAAUAUAUUGAAAAGCGCAGCAAUAAGUUUCCAUCCAAUUGCAUAAGAAUAUAUAACGAAUAAAAAGAAAUAGAGUUAAAGCUCAAACGACAAGAAUUUUAAAUUAUAAAUUUAAUUUAAGUAGUUAAGAGUUGUGAACAGAAAUUGCAAAUUGUCCAAGAAAUUAUUUUGCAAAAUAAACAUCAAUUAAAAAAUUGUCCAUAAAGCGCUUGAAAGCAAAACCAAAUUUGACUGAAUUUAUACACAUUCCAAAAUGUGUUUAGAGUGAAGUAGGGUACGACGGAUUUUAAUUAUAUAGAUGUAUGUACAUCUGUACUAGAUAAGAUGUGUGUGUAAGUAGUUAUAAAAUGAAGAAAUGUACAAUAUUUGGAUAACGUGUAAGAAAUUCAUUAAUUAACAUCACAAUCUUUCGAUAAGGCAUUACAAACUUUGCACUAACCCUAUUUUCUUGCUAGAGAUAUGCUUAUCAUAUAAAAAACACGUCAAGAAUGUUUUUAAACAAGCUGACAUUUUCUCGAUGUUUUAACUUUUACGUUUGUAUCUAAACACCAAAGCAUGCCAGUCAAUGAAAUCCCCUGAGCAGACAAAUUUCUCCAAGUAAACCUCAACGAUGGGUCUGAGAACGCAUGUUCACCCGACUAAUAGAGUCUGAUCGUUGUUUUGUACCCAGUCCGCAGCUGUUGCAGUUAUUUCGCACUGGCGAAUAGUCAUAUCAAACACUAUUGUCCCUGAUAAUCGCUUAAUGCGACCUCUAAAAAAGCGAAUCUUUGGACAAUGAAAGAUAGUCUAGCAGAAAGCAAAAAGGCCAAAUUACGGUCUGUAGCAGGUUAAAUGUUGUAACUACCCAGACUAGACCCUGACGUAACAGCCCGUUUCCUGUGCCCGUUCGUUAGUUGAAAAUUUAAACUUGAGAUAAGGGACGACGAUUUAAGUGCAUACUAUCUGACUCUAGACAGGUUUAAGUAUCCGCUAAAACAAACACAAGAAAAGGCCGCCGCCUAAAAAACGAGAGACAGACUUUAUUAAUUUGAUCUCUCUGGAUUUGAAUAAAAUUUGUUGGGUCCAGACCAGUUUCGAUUUCAUUAGAAAUAUCAUUUCUUUGGUUGGCAAUAUUGUAAUACGCCAGCACACUAAUAUGUUUGUCUAAAAGUGUUCAUAAUACAUCGAACUUGCGAGCGCUGGUAAAAACUCUCCUUUCAAUUGCCACGAAUCCAGCAGUUGAUGUAUUUUGGCAACAAACAAUAUAGAAGAAAAUAACAUUAUAAACAAUAACAUUUCGACUUUAAAAUUUUAAUCUCGCUAUGUUUAAUUCAGUAGCUAUAUUCAUAAAUUAGCGCUAAUCGCCGAACCACUGUUUUUCAAAAACUAUUGUACAUAUAUAUUAAAAUUAUUGAGAUAUUUGUUUUUAUUGCUAUGAAAUUUUUUAUCAACCAAAAACUAAAAAGAAAUCAGCUACUUUAAAAAAGUAUGUAGCACAAAUAUAAAUUACUCGUAUAUAGAAUAAAUGAAAUUAAUCAAAGGAGAAAUAUACUUGCCAAUAAAUAAGCAGUAAGCGAAUGCCAAAAUAUGCGAUUUCAAAACCGUCAGUUUCCUUCCAGAAACAGUUCAUAUGUAUGUAUGAUUAUUAUGUAGAAUUAAUACCUAAAAUGAUAUUAAGUAAAUACUCGUACAUACCAUACAAAUAGUUGCGUGUUAUUUUUACCGUAGUGCAUAGCAAUGCUAAAAUUAAUGAAUUGAUACCAAAAAUAAAAAAAAAACAGAAA